UUCGCGCCAGAGCAGGCGAGCUGCGCCUCACUUGCCCGGCGGCUGCGGCCGGUGUCACUUGUCGAGUUUCGCCGCUUUCUGUGUGUUUUUUCUUCUUAUUUGUUGGGCCCCGAGGCCUGCCGUGAGGUUCCGAGUGCCUAUUCGAGGCUUGCAUGUGAGCUAUCCCCGGGGCCUGGGGAUCUUAGGCUGAAAUAAAAAAUGAGCCUGCGAAAGCAAACGCCCAGCGAUUUUCUAAAACAGAUCAUAGGGAGACCAGUAGUGGUCAAACUGAACUCAGGCGUGGAUUAUCGAGGUGUUUUGGCUUGUCUGGAUGGUUAUAUGAAUAUAGCACUGGAACAAACAGAAGAAUAUGUAAAUGGUCAACUUAAGAACAAGUAUGGCGAUGCAUUUAUUCGAGGCAACAAUGUGUUGUAUAUAAGCACACAGAAGAGGAGACUUUAGAUGAUGAUGUGCACCAAAUGUCAUGUGUUUUGAUUUUUAAAAGACAAAAAAAGUUUAUUUUUUAAGCAAGGAGAAGACGUUCAAGUACAGUAGUUCUUUUCAAUUUUUGGUUAUCCGCAAUACGCGUGAUAGUUCCUCAUAAAUAAGGAUGAUUGAUUUAUAUUUUCUUGAAGCCUUCAUUUGAUGGUUUUUCAGAAAUGGAUAAUGGCUGUAAUGUAAUAUAUAAAACCAGAAGUUUGAUUCAGGCAAGCACUGGCCUGCUUUGGAAACACUGUGUACAUUUUUAAGCUAACUACCUGCUUAGGGAAAAGUGACUUCAUUGCUGACACUGUUGUGAAUAAAGGACUUGAUGUAUGUGUCUCA